AGAAAACGCUUCGGAUUUCGAGAUUUUAAUAUCGCAUGAUCGAAUUGUUUCCCGCCAAAGAAAAGUUGGCAAAUAGAGGAAUUACAAUUUAACCCGCGAAAUUGAAAAUGGAUUACAAAAGGUAGUCUUCUUGGUUCAGGUUCUAUUUUCUUUUCUCGGGAGCUCACAUUUCUCUCCACCGCCUCCUCGUCUUCUCACCAAAAGCAGAGGUGGGAUUGGACAAGGUCAUUUAUACUACUUUCUCGGGUUGGGGUUUCUAUGAUACUUGUGCUGGAUUGAUAAUGAGUAUCAACAGAGAUGAGGCUCUUAGAGCCAAAGAUCUAGCGGAGGGUUUGAUGAAAAAGACUGACUUUACUGCUGCUCGUAAGCUUGCAUUGAAGGCUCAAAAAAUGGAUUCCAGCCUGGAGAACAUAUCUCGUAUGAUAAUGGUGUGUGAUGUUCACUGUGCUGCAACAGAGAAGCUGUUCGGAACUGAGAUGGAUUGGUACGGUAUACUUCAGGUUGAGCAGAUCGCUAAUGAUAUUCUCAUCAAGAAACAGUACAAGAGGCUUGCGCUUCUUCUCCACCCUGAUAAAAAUAAGCUUCCGGGUGCUGAAGCUGCUUUUAAAUUGAUUGGUGAAGCCCAGAGGAUUCUUUUGGACAAAGAGAAAAGGAUGCUUCAUGACAUUAAACGCAAAAGUUUGAGAAUGCCUGCACCUGCACCGCCAUAUAAAACCCAACAGAUGCCGAAUUAUCACACACAACCUGUUUUUCGGGCAAGCGUCAGUACGAGGAACAUCUUCACUGAAUUGAGACCUGAAAACAGGCAUCCUUUCCAGAAAGCUCAAGCCCAACCAGCUGCUUUCAGUCACCCUACAACCUUUUGGACCACUUGUCCAUUCUGCCAGACGAGGUAUGAAUAUCAACGGGCACAUGUCAACAAGGAAGUCACUUGUCGCCCUUGUAUUAAAUGGUUCACUGCUUUUGAAGAACCUUUGCAGAGUGCACCACCGGCGAAAGGGCCAUGUCAGACUACUUAUUCCUUCCCACAACAGAGCAAAUUUUCAGACCAAAGGGCUUGCAGUGAACCACACAAGCGUUCAGAGAAUCUUCCUACUGUCUCCUCUAGCAAGGCGAGUUUCCCUAUGCCGGGUUCUACUGCAAAAAUCAAUGGGAAGAGGAAGAGAAAGAAUAUGGUUGAAUGUAGUGAAAGCAGCUCUGACAGUGAAAGUAGCAGUGAGUCAGAAGAUGUGACUAUGGCAGCACAAGAUUUGGGGGCCAAUGGAGGAGAGCAACCUCGGAGGUCAGUCCGUAGCAAGCAGAAGGUUUCCUAUAAUGAGAAUUUGAGCGAUGAUGAUGUAGACUUAGUCAACCACAAUGGGAAAGGGUCCGGAAAAAACAUAGAUACUGAAAGGGAAGAAGAGACAAAGGAGGAAAAGCAGAAAAAUGAGGAUCAUAGCUCUACUGAAAGCGUAGACAUGAAGGGGAAGAUAAAAGUUGACCAGGUGGUAACCCCUUCUGGUGCGAGUGAUUCAGAGGAAGAUUUAAGUUCAGGGAGUGCAGAAAAACCAAAUUUGAUCAACUAUGAUGAUCCUGAUUUCAACGAGUUCGAUAAGUUGAGGGAAAAAAGCUGUUUUCAAGCUGGCCAGAUCUGGGCUGUGUAUGAUGAAGAAGAGGGGAUGCCUAGAUUUUAUGCUCUCAUAAGAAAAGUGACAACUCCGGAUUUCAUGCUUAAGUACGUAUGGUUAGAGGUAGAUCAAGAUCAAGAGAAUGAAACACCAAAGUUGCCCGUCUCUGUUGGUAAGUUUAAAGUUGGGAAUAUGGAGGAGACGAAUGAGUGUUCCAUUUUCUCUCGUUUGGUCUACAGCACAACAAGAAUCAGGGGUCGCAAGUUUACGGUAUUCCCAAAGAAAGGAGAAACAUGGGCCCUUUUCAAGAACUGGGACAUCAACAGCUCCGCUGACUCAGUUUCUCCUAUUAAGUACGAGUAUGAAUUUGUUGAGAUCCUGUCUGAUCAUGCAGAGGGAGCCACGGUGUCAGUUGGGUUCUUGUCUAAAGUGAAAGGCUUUAAUUGUGUUUUCUGUCCGAUGCCGAAGGAUGAGUCAGACACUUGUGAGAUUCCACCUCAUGAAUUCUGUAGAUUCUCACAUAGCAUUCCGUCAUUCAGAUUAACAGGAACAGAAGGAAGAGGCGUAACCAAGGGUUGGUAUGAGCUUGACCCAGCUGCUUUACCAGUCUCCGUCUCUCAAAAUCUAUCAGGAGAUGAAGCAGCUCAAGACCGAGACCAUCAAUGUCCACCUUCAGGAUUUGCCUCUUGAUAUUAUCUCAGUCAGAGGCUCUGUUGUGUCCAUGACUUGCUCAAAUCAAAGUUCUUGGAGCUCGUUUAUUUUGUUCAAGCGUACAGGUUUACAGACAAGAGAAACCAAAGCUCCUCAGAGGCUUCGUUAAGCUCGAUCCCUCUCUGUUGUCUUGUGACAUACUCGAGUCAUGAUACUGGUUGGAUUUUUUUUUGUUAUAUGUCUUCUAGCUCUUGCGUUUCUUUUCUUUUUAGGUUCACUCAGACUUGAAACUUAACCAGUAUUUGUCUCAAUACUUCAUUGUUGCUAGAGUAAGAAACUGUUGAAUGAAGUGGUGAAAACCCUUUUUGGCCAUGUUGUGCUUGUACCAUCCAUUUUUCACUUGUAAAAUAGCAUGAGUGUCGAUUUCUGUUUA